UAGAGGCGGGGCCGUAGUCAAGGAAGUGAUAGUGACUAUGGAACUGGCUGCAACAAUUUAGCGCUGGCAAAUACCGUUUGCUAACCAUUUAGCAUUAAAAAUAUAACAUUAAUUUAGAGCAUGUGAGCUCCAUCAGUUUCAUAUUCGGAAUAAUGCAAAUGUUUCACCGCACUGAUUCAAGAGAGACGCACAAUCCGCCCACAGAGGACUGCAGCGACGCGACGUUAGCUUGAGCUAGUCAGGUGAGACUGACGUCAGGCACAGAGACCCGGGAACCAUGAGCGACAGGCUCGGCGACGCCCCCUCCGCCAGCUGCAGCAUCACGGGGCUGCUGGGCGCCCUCUGCGACACCUGCAUUUCGGGGGUGUCGUGGAAACGGCGCGCCUCGGGCGCGGCCUCCCGCGAGGCGGUCCGGCGGGACCUGAGGAAGCGGGCGUACGGGGCCCUGCUGUCCGAGCUCUUUCGGGAGGGACCCCCAAACAAGGGGGCGGCGAGACCCGACCCUUUGGCUUCCACCCCCGCCAGAAACAAAGUGCUGAUGAUCUCCUUCGACCUGCGGGUGGCGGGGAGGCAGGAGGAGGCGCAGAGGCUGGAGGAGCUCCUGGGCUCCCUGGGGGGGGAUUCGGGCCUGGUGGAGCUGGACUCGGUGCUGGAGCUCCUGGUCCGGCUGGCGGGCUCCGUCCCUCCCCCCGCCCCCUCCUUCAGCCGGGACUACAUGCGCAGGGAGCGGCCGGUGACCCGCAGGCGCCCCCUGGAGGGCUACGUGAGCGAGGAGCUGGCGCGCCUGGAGGUUCGCGCCCGCGACCUGGUGUGGGCCGAGGAGUGGGGCGCCCUGGGGGACCUCCGAGGGGCCCUGGGGCUCAUGGACGCCCCACCGGGGACCGGCCUCUUUCGCCUGGGGGGCCGCGGCGAGGGGGAGGAGCGCUUCGAGAGGGAGACCAGGACGUCGCUGUUCGGGGCCCUGCAGCACAGCCGCACCUCCGACCUGGACGUCCGGCUGGACCCGCCCCCAGUCCCCAGCAACGCUGAUGUCACGGGCCUGGCCAUACGGGUUCCUCCCUGUCUGGAUCAGUCGGAGGACGAGGGGUUCCAGUCGGCCUCCAACCUGACCCCGGUGUCGCAGUGGGAGCCGAGCCCCGGGCCGGAGCCGGACGUGUGGGAGGCCCUGCCCACCUUCGUGCCCGGCCGCCGCCGCUGCUGGGAGGGGGUGGGCUGGCCCCCCGGCAGUAAGGAGGACCCGUACCUGACGGAGGCCGGCCGGGAGGCCUUCGACCAGCUGUACCGGCUGUGGGAGGGCGGGGCGAGGAGCCUGAGCUCGGACCCGGCCUCGCCCCCGCUCCCCGCCCCCCAGGACUGUCAGACCCAGCUGGUGGGGGACCUCCUCAACGUGCUCAUCGGCGUGGCGUCUGCCACGUUCCCCCUAAACCAGGCGUGUGCACAAUUCGAGGUGCGGCCCGGGGUGUGUAUUUCGGGGGCGUCCCCGGAGAGCGCCUCCCGGCUGCUGGGGGACCUGGCGCAGUACGGGACGCACUACCUGCGGCUGAGCCGCUUCUCCCUGCAGAGCGCCCAGAGGCGAGGCCUGGUCUUUCAGGCCUUCACAGGUGGCUUGCGGAGGUACCUGCAGUACUACCGUGCCUGUGUGCUCUCCACCCACCACACCCUCAGCCUGCUGUCCAUCUGCUUCCUGUUCCGCAAGCUGGGCCGGCAGCUCAGGUAUCUUACUGAACUGUGCUGUGUGGAUGGGGUUUCUGCUGUGAACCAGGCUACUUUCCCCGGGGGUGUGAAGCUGCUCUCUUACCUGUACAAUGAGGCCCAGAGUAACUGCAGUAAUGAGAAUUACCCUGUGCUGCUGUCCCUGCUGAAGAGCAGCUGUGAGCCCUACACACGGUUCGUGUCCGACUGGGUGUACAGCGGCGUGUUCAGGGACGUCUACGGCGAGUUCAUGAUCCAGGUCAACGAGGACUACCUCGGCUUCAGAGAUAAGCACUUCUGGUCGCAGGGGUACACCCUCAUCUCGCACAACGUGGAGGAGUGCGUGCCCGUCUUCCUCCGCCACAUCGCCAGCGACGUCUACAUCUGCGGCAAGACCAUCAACCUGCUCAAGAUCUGCUGCCCCCAGCACUACAUCUGCUGGUCGGAGCUGCCCGUGCCCCGCAUCGCCGUCACCUUCUCCCUGCAGGAGGUGGAGGAGAUCGAGCGGGACUGCGCCGUGUACCGCGGCCGCGUGGGCAUGAUCGCCAAGCACAGCGCCGUCAGCAGGGAGGAGCAGUGGCGCAACACGGCGAAGAGGAAGGAGCAGGAGGACGAGUUUGGCUUCAUCAGGGAGCUGCAGGACCGGGAGAAGAGACUGCAGGCCCUGGAGGAGCAGCUGGAGCGCAGGGCCAGGAAGGAGCUGCUGGACCAGUACGCUCGGCUGACGGAGGAGGCGACCAGGAGGGAGAGGCGGGCCGUGUGGCGGGUGCAGCGGCUGCGUCUGGACGAGAGCCGGGCUCGCUUCCUGCGGGAGGAACAGCGCCUCACUCAGGCCCUUCUGGAGCGGUACCCCCUGGGCCAGCCGGGACCCCCCCCGGACCCGCCCACACCGGCCUGCGCACCACAGCCCGCCCAGGUUCACCCUGAGAAAGAGGUCCAGGACGCGCCCACCGGCCCAGAGGACACACCCACUGGCCACAAGGACACGCCCACCGGACCCCAGGACACGCCUGCAGGACCCCAGGACACGCCCACCCCCGCCGGAGACGACGUGCCGAUCUUGGACGCGGUGGACAUCAGAGACUUCCUGCCGAAGCCGCCGCGCCCGCUGGACUCACAGGAAGUGGACCGGGCGCUGCAGGACAUCGGCUCCGACCUGCCGGAGACCGCCGCCCCCCCGGCCUCGGCCCCGCCCCUGACCCCGACCCCGGGCCCGGACUACGACUUCAGCGCCCCUUACGUACCCCUGGAGGGCCCUCACCCCAGCCCCCGCUGGGAUCCCGCCGUCCCGCCCCUCGUCCCCGUCCAGGACGGAGAGAAGACGUCUGAGGCGCAGGGGGAUGCCCGGGGCCCAGGGGCCCCGCCUUGCCCACCCCCCGGCCCGGACCAGGAGGGUCAGCGAGAGACGGCUGCUGCUCAGCCAGUCCGCCAGGAGGGGGCAGCACUGCCAAAGACCUCAGAGAGCGUAGAUACUGCAGGGGCCAUUGAUGACCAGGCUAUUGGACGGCAGCCUGAGAAACAGCCCCUCCCCUCUCAUCCUACCUGCAGAGAAGAGAACUUUGCCCCUGAGGAGGUCAAUUUAGUACUGCAAGCCAGCACCCAUGAACCCGCCAGCCAGGCUAACGUCACAGUGGGGGUGUCCAGUCCCUCCCCUGCUCCUCACAGCCACGCCUCCAACGCCCAUAUAAGGGUGGGAGACCAUGUAUCUGAGGUCAUUACUCCUCUUCCCACUCCCAGCAUCCAUGGCCACGCCUCCGAUGCCCAUAUAAGGGUGGGAGAGCAUAUGUCUGAGGUCACUGCUUUUUUCCCUACCCCCAGCAUCCAUGGCCACGCCUCCGAUGCCCAUAUAAUGGUGGGAGAACAUGUAUCUGAGGUCACUGCUUGUUUCCCCACCCCCAGCAUCCAUGGCCACGCCUCCGAUGCCCAUAUAAGGGUGGGUGAGCAUGUAUCUGAGGUCACUGCUUUUUUCCCCACCCCCAGCAUCCAUGGCCACGCCUCCGAUGCCCAUAUAAGGGUGGGAGAGCAUAUAUCUGAGGUCACUGCUUUUUUCCCUACCCCCAGCAUCCAUGGCCACGCCUCCGAUGCCCAUAUAAGGGUAGGAGAGCAUGUAUCUGAGGUCACUGCUUUUUUCCCUACCCCCAGCAUCCAUGGCCACGCCUCCGAUGCCCAUAUAAGGGUAGGAGAGCAUGUAUCUGAGGUCACUGCUUUUUUCCCCACCCCCAGCAUCCAUGGCCACGCCUCCGAUGCCCAUAUAAGGGUAGGAGAGCAUGUAUCUGAGGUCGUGACUUUUGUCCCCACCCCCAGUAUCCAUGGCCACGCCUCCGAUGCCCAUAUAAGGGUAGGAGAGCAUGUAUCUGAGGUCGUGACUUUUGUCCCCACCCCCAGUAUCCAUGGCCACGCCUCUGACAGCAGCAUAAAGGUGGGGGGGUUCGUGUCGGACGUGACCCCCUUCCACCCCCGUUGGAGCAAGCACGGCCACUCCUCCGACUCCGCCCUGAUGGUGGGGUGUGUGGUUUCGGGGACCGAACCGCUCCCGUCCCCCCUCCCCGGGAGCGGCUACGGCCACUCCUCUGACUCCGCCCUGGGCUCGGGCUGUGUGACGAUGGACAGCAGGGGGCUCCACACCCCCUUGACAAUAGAAGAACUGGAGGCCGAGCUCGAAGCAGGGGCCCACGGUGAGCCGGGGCGGCCGCCGGAGGCCUCGCCCGACGGGGGCACGGAGCGGGACUACCUGGCGGCGCUGGCGGCGCAGUACGAAGUGGAGCAGUACCAGGACUCCUACAGCCUCAUGGCCUUGGCCCCGGACUCCCAGCUCCUGCAGCAGGUGACCGGGGGCCCCUACGGGCUCCCGGGGGGCCCCUCCCUGGGCAGGGCCACGGACGCCACCGCCGUGCAGCUCAGUGAGCUGGUCUCCCUGCCCGUGCUGAUGAAGCACUCCGUCACCACCCCCAUCAUCACGCAUGUAUCUCUGGUGAACAAAGCGGUGGUGGAUUACUUCUUCGUAGAGCUGGGUGUGGAGAGGCACUUUGAGGCUCUCCGGCACUUUCUACUGAUGGAGGAUGGGGAGUUUGCUCAGUCGCUCAGCGACCUGCUGUUUGAGAAGCUGGGCAGUGGCCAGACCCCGGGGGAGCUGCUGACUCCUCUGGUGCUGAACUCCAUCCUCAGCAAGGCCCUGCAGUACAGCCUGCAUGGAGACAGCGCCCUGGCCGCCAACUUCACCUUCGCCCUGCGCUUCCUCCCCGAGACCUUCCACCCCCUCGCCCCCGACGCCCUCAACUGCCUGGAGCUGCGCUACAAGGUGGACUGGCCCCUGAACAUCAUCAUCACCGACAGCUGCAUGAACAAGUACAACCGCCUCUUCUCCUUCCUGCUGCAGCUCAAGCACAUGGUGUGGACGCUGCGCGACGUCUGGUUCCACCUGAAGAGAGCAGCGCUGGUGAAGGGGGCCGGGAGCUCGGUCCAGUUCCGCCAGCUGCAGCUGUUCAGGCACGAGAUGCAGCACUUCGUCAAGGUGAUCCAGGGCUACAUCGCCAACCAGAUCCUGCAGGUGUCCUGGAGCGAGUUCACCCACAAGCUGGGCAGCGCCAGCGACCUGGACGCCAUCCACCACAUCCACGCCGACUACCUCAACAGGGCCAUCUUCAGGGGCCUGUUGACGGAGAAGGCGGCGUCCGUCAUGAACAUCAUCCACAGCAUCUUCAGCCUCAUCCUCAAGUUCCGGGCGCAGCUGAUCGCGCAGCCCUGGAGCCGCCAGCAGGGGGAGCUGGUGCACCCCAGCUUCGUGGCCCUGCAGCAGUCCUACAACACCUUCAAGUACUACUCCCACUUCCUCUUCAAAGUGGUGACCAAGCUGGUUAAUCGGGGCUACCAGCCCCACCUGGAGGACUUCCUGGUGCGCAUCAACUUCAACAACUACUACAAAGAGGCCUGAGGGGGGGCGGGGGGCCUCCGCACGGCGGGAGGGACCGGGACCGAGAACCCCCUUAAAGCCCGUGUUCCGAGCCGUCCCGUCCCGUCGUUUCCUGCCUCCGCCCGCUUUUCGCGGCUUCGCCUUCGCACGCCGUCUCAACCGUGGGGGCUCGCGCCCGUCGCGUGGGUGACUCCGCUUGGCGUGGGUUGCAGCCGAACGGCCGGCGCACCACGCCCUAGGCCGCAUGCCGCAGGGAACCUGUCCGUUGCCGUAACGACACGCCUGGGCGGUCAUGCUCUCCGUCCUACAUGCUCUGUGCAGUGUGGCCCAUUAGCCGUUAUUACUGUGAGUCCAUCUGUGAUUGUGGCUCUGUGCUCUCGAUAGGAACCCCCCCCCCCCCCCUUGUGAGAGAAUCCAAUAAAAUGCAUUUUGUUUUAAA